ACUGCUCAGUCUGUAUUGCAGCAUUGCUGUCAGUGUUUUUUUUCCCUUAUUUUUUCUCACACCUGCUUUGCUUACAGUCCUCAACCCCCCUCCUUUCAUACACCCACACACUCCUUCCUGCCUACCAUCAAGACCACCCUCUGCCCCCUCCACACCCCCCUAAGUCCCCCCUCCUCUUCCCUCUCUGGCUUCUCCACCAGGGACCAAGGAGGUUUUCAGCACUUGCUACAGCGGCUCGCAAUGGGCAGCACCACGAAGACUCAGUGAUCCUUCUCAUAGACCAGCCACUUGACAGAAAUCACAGCUGACAGGCACUCUCAGGGUUCAGUAGAGAGAUCUAGAGAGAGCGGACAAGAAAGAAAGAAAAAAGCGGGAGUGCUUUUUUGGACUACCCAUCAGCUGGUACCCCGAAGAAAAAUAAGAUCUUAAACCAGCAAUCCAAAAGGGCAUCUUUUUCCCAUCUCUAGUUGCUCUAAACCUAAAAUCAGCACAAUGGAAGAAGACAUGGAUGAGGGGCAGACCCAGAAAGGAUGCCUUGAGUGCUGCAUCAAAUGCCUGGGUGGGAUCCCAUACCCAUCUCUUAUCGCCACCAUCUUGCUUUACGCGGGCGUGGCUCUGUUCUGCGGCUGUGGACAUGAGGCGCUGUCUGGCACCGUCACCAUCCUCCAAAACUACUUUGAGGUGGUCCGAAGCCCCAUGGACUCACUGGACGUCUUCACCAUGAUUGAUAUCAUCAAGUACGUGAUCUACGGAAUUGCCUCGGCCUUCUUUGUCUAUGGCAUCCUGCUGAUGGUGGAGGGCUUCUUCACUAGUGGAGCCAUUAAAGACCUGUAUGGAGACUUCAAGAUUACCACCUGUGGACGCUGCGUCAGUGCUUGGUUCAUCAUGCUGACGUAUAUCUUUAUGCUGGCUUGGCUUGGGGUGACAGCUUUCACCUCCCUCCCUGUCUUCAUGUACUUCAACAUCUGGACUAUUUGCCAAAACGCUACCGUGCUGGAGGGUGCCACACUCUGCUUGGACCCACGCCAGUAUGGUAUUGUGCCAAUUUCUGAAGCGAAAACAGUGUGCGCUGGAUCGGAGAAGUUUUACAAGAUGUGUGACUCUAACGAGCUGGACAUGACAUUCCACCUGUUCAUCUGUGCCCUGGCCGGAGCAGGAGCCGCUGUUAUCGCUAUGAUCCACUACCUGAUGGUGCUGUCAGCAAACUGGGCCUAUGUGAAGGACGCCUGCCGGAUGCAGAAGUAUGAGGACAUCAAGUCGAAGGAGGAGCAGGAGCUCCACGACAUCCACUCCACUCGCUCCAAGGAGCGUCUCAAUGCCUACACAUAAAGACCAGCGUGAGGCCUGGCCCUGCCAAUCCGGCCCCCCUCCCUCACUCUUCCUGUCUUUCUUUCUAUCUUUCUCUCUCUACCAUCCCCUCCAGAGGUGGGGGGGCGCGGAUGGCGCCUAGGGCCCCUCGCCACUGCUGAUGUCACUGGUGCGUCAUAUGACAAAGUGGUCUGGGGGGAAAUGUCACAUAAUCCUCCCCAGCCACAAACAGCAUUUCAGAUGAAAAAGCCCCCUUACCUCUCUCAUGGACGGUGUUAUGAUUAUCAUUAUGGCAGUUAUAUUAUUAUUAUUAUUAUUGAAUACUACUUGUUUAGUGCUAAUAGUAGUUUUAGUGUAGAUUGUAGAAUCAGAAGUAGCAGUAAUGUUUCUGCUUGUUUUUUUUUUGUUUUUUUUACUUUGAAUAAUUUGCAUAUUUGUUAUGCUUUUCUAAUAUUUUUCUUUGAUUCAAAGUGAUAUUUUUUUCAUGUAUUAUUUAUUUUUUGCUGAUUUCUGAGGGGGUCAGCUGGGGCUUAAUAGGGUUUCAAGCACAUUUCUCAUGUUCGUGUGUCUGAAGAUCUUACGUUGAAGAACUAUGUACUGUAUGUGAACGGGUGGUCAGUUUUGAAAACUAAAAUAUUUUAAAUCUCACAAGGCAACUAUAAAGCAUUGUAAUCCUUCAAAAUAUCAUUAUUACCAGGGAGCAAAAUCACUUUCAUAUGGAAGUAAUUUAAAUCUAACUUAUAAUCUGUUUUUCUAUCUGAUGUUAUACAAUAAGUAGACAAUACAGUAAUAAAUACCAAAUCAUUAGAGAAAAACAAAUAUUAAUUGCUAGCUGUGCCAAGCCUGUUAAACAGGAAACAAUGACCUAGGUCAAUAUCAAAGAUGCGAAUAGCUGAUUAAACAAUAAAACAUGGCUUAGUUUAUGAUAAACGGGGAAUCUUGCUGGUUUAAAUGUAUUUUAGGACUGUGAAUGAUUCCAUUGUCUUUGAAUCAUAAGCCACAAAAGCACAUGCAAACAUACUUUCAUAACCCCUUUUUUAAUUUCUUAAAAGCAGAACUUUAUAAAUAGUAGUAUGAAUCCAGUUUUUGCAGAACUCUGCACUGUAUAUAUUGAUAUAUCAAAGCAAACCUAUAUGUUAAGCACAUCAAUUUCAGGACAAUUCAUGUGAGAAUAAGAAGAGAUCACUGUGGGUCAGUCCACUCUCCAUCUAUCAGUCUCAAUGAAAAAAAGAAAAAGAAAAAAAAAAACAACAAAAAAAAUCUUGACAAUAAAAAAGUUGUUGGUGUAAUGGCACUUCUUGGUGGAAUCAUCAGAUGUGAGAAAAGUGUGUGUCACAGUAGUUUUGUUGAUGACAGUAAAAGUCUGAUUGUCUUGCUUACACAUCCUGAUGCCAUAAGACUACAAAGGUGGCCUGUCAUUUCAUUGCCUGGCAAUAUUUGUUUUGUCAGUAUUUCUAAAAGCUAGUUUCAUGCACUUAUUUGACCAUUUCUGUGCUCUCUCUAGAUGUAAGCGCAUUGGUGUUCAACUCCGAGUUGGAUAACUGUACUGUUAGGUAAAGACUGUGAAUUUAGAUGUUUUCUGUGGCAUGGACAUGCAUUAAUAAGUAUAGUAUUACUGACUCAAAAAGUCAUUUUAUUUCACUUCUUUAUUUUUACACUUUUGACUGUCUUGCUGGAUCAACCCUUUGUUUAUAUGUGCAGUACUAAACCUCCCACGCUUACCGCAUUAUGCUACUGAUAUUAGAGACUGUAGUCUUUGAGUUGUGUCUAUUUAGUUUGUGAUAAGCUUUCAACCAUGUCUUAAAACUAAUACUUGUACCAACGUUGCUUACUCAGUAAUGAUCUGAAAAGAUGCUUUCAGCUUCCUCCUCGUAUUAGUCUUUUGUACUUUCACUAAGAAUGCUUAGUAGCAGGCUUUAAAUUGAAUCUGUUUUGUACAUUCAUGUGCCAACAGCUUGAAGUGGCUUAUUUGACCUGUAUGAUCAAAUUUGCUUGCAUAAAUAAAAUUCACUUGUGUACUUGUUAAUAAAUACUUAA